AUGCGGUUGGUCAUUCUGUCACUUGCACUCCUGGUCGGUGUAGAAACAAGACCACAAUCGUUCGCCACGACAAAGCGCGGAGAGUGCAUGCCUUCCUCCGCGGACCUCAAUCACUACGUUUGCUUUUCGGAUCGUCCGGUGGACGCUCUGGUGUAUCAGUGUGCAGACUCGGAAGCCCUUUGUCCAGAUUGGGCCAAGGCUGGCGAAUGCCAGAAGAACCCGGGCUACAUGCAGCUGGAAUGUCGGCAUAGUUGCGACACCUGUGUCCCUCUGCAUGUUGGUAUGACACAGAUUGCGCCUCUUCAGGAAGCGCCAACGCAGCAACAAGUUCACGAUCGGCUGGUACAGACGCAACAGCACGUACACAGCAAGGCGAAAGAGAACUUCAACGUACUACAUAACUGUCUUAACUACCACGAACUGUGCACAUUCUGGGCAGUCGCGGGUGAGUGCGACAACAGUCCUGAUUUUAUGCUGCGGACCUGUCGGCCCGCGUGUUACGUAUGUUAG